CGUGAAAGUCGACGCGUUCUCCAACAUCUUCUCCCACCUUCUCCCGCACUCUUCAUCAUCGACUGACACCCACUUCCGCUCACACCAACCGAGAGCACACGUCGGUAUCGUGAAAAUAUUGAAAAGGAUAAUACGAAGGAGAGGAUCAGCCAUUGGUUUUCCCAAUGGCUACCACAGCAGCAAAGAAGAAGCUCGUCGUAUGCGGCGGCAAUGGCUUUCUCGGCAGCAGAAUAUGUAAAGCUGCUGUAGCUCGAGACUGGGACGUCGUCUCAAUCAGCCGCUCCGGCGAACCCUCCUGGCCCUCCGUCUCCUCCCACACCACCGCCCCAACCUGGUCCAAAUCCGUAACUUGGCGCAGCGCCAACAUCCUCCAACCCUCCACCUACGCAUCCGACCUCCAAUCCGCCGACUACGUAAUCCACAGCAUGGGAAUCCUCCUCGAAGCCGAUUACAAAGGCGUCCUCCAAGGCAAAGAAUCCCCCAUCUCGGGCCUCCGCCGCGCUUUCAGUCCCACGAAACAAGGCUCCAAUAUAAAUCCCAUGCAAAAAGGCAGUGCCAUUGAACCCGGGGAACAAGACGGACAAAUCACCUACGAACUCAUGAAUCGCGACUCGGCAAUCGUCUUAGCAAGAGAAGCAAAUGAAGCCGGAGUGAAAAGUUUCGCGUAUAUUUCCGCUGCGGCUGGUGCACCCAUUCUCCCUGCGAGAUAUAUCAAGACAAAGAGGGAAGCGGAGGAUUCCAUCGCAACGAAUUUUCCAAAGAUGAGGAAUUUAUUUUUCAGGCCAGGAUUUCUGUUUGAUUCGAGUCGAGGGUUCACGAUUCCGAUGGCGGCGGUUACGUAUGGGGGUUUUAUUGUGAAUUCUUUGACGGGAGGGAAUUUGACUUGGUUGAUGGGGGCUGGUGGGGCGAAGCCGCUGAAGGCGGAUUUGGUUGCUGAGGCGGUGGUGGAGGGGUUGAGUGAUGAGAGUGUUAAGGGGCCGGUGGAGGUGAAGGAGAUUGAGGAGUUGGCGAAUCGGGGUUGGAGGAGGGGGAUGUUGUGAGGGUUGCAUAGAGAAUGCUGAGAAAAGUGUGUUGAUGCGUUCAAGCGAGGUUUGUAGUGUAAAUUUGAGUGGCAGCGCCAGAGAUGGCUGUAAUCACUGUACACACUAGGCAUGUGUAACUCUCAUUUUCUCAAUGUUUUCAUUACGGUGACAUCGACAAGGAAUGGGGGCUGG